AUGGCGGGUAAAGAUGUGGUUGUGACCGGAGCCACUGGUCUCCUCGGAAGACAGGUAGCGCGGGCGUUUGACAUGAAGAGUUGGAACGUCAAGGGUACGGGAUACUCUCGCGCUGAUGGCGUCUCCGUCUUCAAAGUCGAACUCGGCAAGACCUCUGAUGUUGAAAAGUUUCUUGAUGAAUCCAAGCCUCAGGUAGUUGUGCACUGCGCCGCCCAGAGGUUCCCAGACAAAGUGGACAGCGACCCGGACGCCGCCCGCGCCCUCAACGUCGUGGCCACACGGUCUCUCGCCAAGCUCUGCGCCGCCCGCUCGACCUUGCUCAUCUACAUCUCGACCGACUACGUCUUCUCGGGAAAGCAAGGUGACGCCCCCUACGAGGCUGAAGCGGAGACGGGGCCGACGAACCUCUAUGGCCAGACCAAGCUGGACGGCGAGCGCGCCGUACUGGAGGAGUACAGGGCUGCCGGCCGCGCGGGGCUGGGUCUCGUCCUUCGUGUGCCUGUGCUGUACGGAAAGGCGGACACGCCGGCGGAGAGCGCAACCAAUGUUCUCAUGGACACGCUGUGGAAGACGCAGGACGGGGGCGCCAAGGUGAAGAUGGAUCACUGGGCGAUUCGGUACCCGACCAACACGGAGGAUAUUGGGCGCGUGUGUCAUGAUAUCGCCGAAAAGUACCUCGGGGCCGAGGACCGUAGCUCGUUCCCCAAGAUCCUGCAGUUUUCCAGCGAGGACAAGAUGACAAAGUACGAAAUUUGCCAAAAGUUUGCGGAUAUUAUGGAUCUCUCCAUGGACGGCAUCAUUGCGAACACGGAGGGCAACGACCCGAACGCGAGUGUCCAGCGGCCGUACGACUGUCAUCUUAGCACGCGGGCUCUCAAGGACCUGGGUAUUGAUGUGUCGACAAGUGACUUCAUCGGGUGGUGGAGGCGCGAAGUGCAUGCUUUCCGGCACUGA